AUGGCCACUCCUAUCCUAUUAUGCCGGAGAUGUGCCCAUCGCGAACUCGGGCGCGACGCCCUCCAGGCCUUUAGAGCAUCCUACCGAGCUGACGGGGUCCCGCGGCGGCGGCCAGCUCUUGUUAGGACAGACCGACGGCUGUUUGCGACGGCCGGACCCAGAGCCGGCGCCCAGGCUACUCCGCAACCCUCCAGGCCAGCCGUCGCGCCUACGGCGAGAACAGCACCAGGGCCCUUCUUGAGUUACGCUCAGCAACUCGCGGACAAGACCUCGCCGACCACUCUCUACGAAGUAGGUCCGCAGCGGGCGUUCUUGUUCUCAAGUUACGCCGCCGGCUUCUUCUGCAUGUCGGCCGCCGCCGCCAAUGUCUGGAUAAACGUGUACAACGUCCCAGAGGGAAUACCGACGGUGGUCCCGGUCGCCUUCGGCGCGGUGGGGAUAUUUUUGGCUGCCUUCGGUACUAGGUUCGCCAUGACGCCCUCAUCGAUGAUACGUGCUAUCAACGUUCUACCCAAUAAGUCGGUCAAGGCGGGCCCGGGCGCGGUGGCGACGAGUGCCCAGCCGGUCCGACUCGAGAUUGUAACACGGCGCAGCAUGCCGUUCCCGUUUCUGCCGCUGCGGCGCUUCGAGGUCGACCCGAACAACGUCGUCAUGAAGGCGAACCUGUACAAUCCCAAGCCGGCACCAUCCGAGUAUGCCAAGAUGCUCGCGAAGCGGGAGGAGGAGGCUCAGAGGAAAAGGGACCGCGAAUACGAGAUGAACCAUCUGAUGACGGCCCCGUUCAGGCACGGGGGGAAGGCUAUCUCUCUUGCUUUCUCGAAAUUGCGCCGCGGGUUGACUGGGGAAGGGUUUGCGCCCAUCAUAAUCAACGGGGUCCACUAUAAGUUAGACAUCACGUCGGCCUAUGCACUGGAAGACGGACGCGCCUUAGAUCGGAUCGUGAGGGUCGAAAAGGACCCCAACCUCCACCGGGCCUUGGGGCAGUGA